AUGGCGUCGUCCAAACCACCAUGUGCAGCAUGUGGCAAUAAAGGUGUAGGCAUUUUUCGUUGUGAAGGCUGUUUGCAAGUGUUUUGUCGAAAGCAUCUCAAUGAACAUCGAGAUGCUCUUAGUCAUCAGUUAGACGAAAUCGUCCUCGAACACGAUACACUACAGCAAACCAUUUGUGAAAAUACCAAGGCAGCAGAGAAACAACAUCCUGUUUUGAAGCAAAUUGAUCAAUGGGAGAAAGAGGCGAUACAAAAGAUUCAACGAAUGGCCGAAGAAUUAAAACAACAAGUAAAGGAACUUUAUGGUACUCCACGAAUAUCGAAACAAUUACGUGAACUUGCAGAACAAUUGCAAAAGGCUCGAAUCGAUGACGACUACGUUGAAAGUGAUUUCGAUAAAUGGAAAGCAACAUUACAAAAACUACAAGAUGAUCUCAAAGAUCUCUUUCCAAUGAUGUAUGUUUCUGAAAAUUCGUCGCAAGCACUUGUUACCGCUGUAUGUCUUUCGCCAUGGCCGAUGGAAAUAAAUACAAUCGAGAGAUUUGGUGAAACGGUGGGUUCUGUUAGUAUUGAUGAAAGGCAUCUUGUUGCCACACAUUGCGGUCCAAAUAAUGGUCCAGCUUUAGUUCGUGGCAUUGGUGAAUAUACGAACGGUGUACAUACCAUUCGGUUUCUAUUUGAAAAACGGUCGUUGACUUUUAUAACUUCUUUCGAAAUCAGUCCCAAAUUAAUGCCACUUGCGACUUCAUCUAGUGUCGGUCAAUAUUAUUGUUAUGGGUGGUUCAGUAAUGAUGAUAUUAUUGCUCCAGAUGCCGAUCAACGACGCUACAGAAAGCUCCGAGAUAUGAACGGCGAAACAUCGUUCGAAAUAGAACUUCAGCUCGAUUGUGACAAUCGAAAGGUCAGCUGUACUAAUUUGCGCACGAAAAAUCGAGCUCAAUUGAAAGUUGACAUAACAAAAUGUCCAUUUCCAUGGCAAAUACGUUUCUAUAUGUACGCAGUCGGAGACUGCGUUCGUCUCCUGCCGUAA